CGCCUGUCAGACGAGGAGGAUCCGCUGGCGCUGGCGCGCGUGAUCCGCGAGGAGAUCGCGUCCCCCGAGGAUGAUUGCCACCGAAACAUCCCCUACGAGAUCGCGCUGACGCGCGGGGAAUUCAGCGACGAGGACGCCACGGGCCAGCUGCUCGCCAACCGCGACGGGCCGCAGUCUGAGCAGUGCGAGCCCGAGAAGCGCGCCAAGACUGCGGAAGGUUUCCUCCAGGCCUUCAACCGCGAUUACAAGCCCAGGUUCGCGUCUGCUUUCAAGGGAAUCAAGGAGCCGGCGUACCUCACCGUAGGCGAUUGGCGGUUCAAGCAGAUGUUUCGUAAUUUCAUGGUGCACGCUCACAAUCUGACCUGUGGCACCUCGGACCACAUCGUUGCCGUGAACGUGGCCUUGGACAAGGAAGCCUACGAGGAGUGCCAGGCUGUCGCGAAGGGUAUCGUCCAACCCUCCAAUGUCGGUUCGAAGGGCAAGUUCGAGCUCCGCUGCAUUGACAUUUCGGGAUGGUUGCCGAAGGAACUCUUCGCGGAGUCGGCAGCUCAGGCGUGGUCUUGUGCUUACAACAUGGUGCUUUGGACCAAACCGCAUAUCAUUCAAGCGGCCGUGGAGGCGGCAGAGCAGCCUGUCAUGAUGAUCGACACAGAUGUGAUCCUCCACCAGAAUGUGCUGAAGAUCGCGCCCGGAGUGUUGGCGGCAUGCAAGGGUUGCAUUGCAAUCACGGGUCGCGAAUACGCGUCUGAGAAUCGGCAGAACACUGGGACCGUGUAUUCCGGCAAGGCUGGCCUGCCCGUGCUGAGGGAGUGGGCCCGGGUCGACCCAGAUUUCUUGAACGCGAAGGAGGGCGACCAGAGCGCGAUGCAGCAUCUAAUGCAAACGAACCCGGACCUGCACAGCCAGUUGGCGGUGUUCAACCUUGCCGAGGUCGGGGAGUGCGGGAUCCCUGGCAGCCACGCCACACACUACAACUGCCUCACUGGGAAGAAGGUGAACAUGGAAAUGCGGGGCCACUGGGACACGCGGCUGUACCGGGAGCCCGCGCAGCUUCGGUGCCGCCUGCCCAGCGACCCCGUGGAGGUGACGCCGGACACCGGCGCCACGAAGGGCACGAAGGACAUCCCGAUGCCGAGCAGGCCGCACAGGAUUAUCGGCGGGCGCCCGGAGGGCGAGGCGAACAGCUCGUCGCGGCUGAAGUUCAAGGGCGCGACCUCUUGCAGCACCAGCGCUUGUGAAGGAAACCCUGCCAAGCAGGCCAUCGAUGGCUUCGUGAGCACCAUCGCCGGCGUCAACAACCUGAACACGUGGACUGGAGAUCUCGGCAAGGUGAUGCAGGUCGCGCGCGUGGAGGUCACUUUCGAGUCGUGCAUAUGUGAGGCAAAGGACUCGAUGCUCCUCGAGGUGUCCUCCGACAGCGUCAACUGGAAGAACUACGGCUCCGUCGGCGAGCUCACGCUGUGGGAGGGGGACCGGGAGGUGGCCUUCGAGCGCCCGCUGAAUGCUCGGUACAUCCGCCUGCGCCCCUCUGCCUCGUACACAUCGAAGCCGCGCCGCAAUGACAAGUUCUUCGCCAUCCGGGAGGUGGAGGCGUUCGGCAAGAGCGAGCUCCUCCAGGAGGCCCCAGAGCAGCCCCUGACGCCGCUCCAGCGCCGCCAGCAGAAGAAGAACAGGCGGGAGCGCGCCGAGAGGCGCAAGCGCCGCUUCGGCUGGCUGCGAUAG